CGUUACGCUGCGUUAAAGGUCAGACGCGUGGUGUGUGUGUGAAACUCGUGUGUUGAAAUCGAUUAAUAAAAUGGCCAGUAUUCUAUUUUCUUCCUUUCGAAAAGUUAUGGUUCCGACUGUUAGAAUGGCACGAUGUUUACACGUAAGUUCGAAAUUAAUGGCGGCGAAAGUUCAACAGAGUGCUCCGAAUUUUAAAGGAAUGGCAGUUGUAGAUAAGCAGUUUAAAGAGGUUCAAUUAGCAGAUUAUAAAGGGAAAUAUUUAGUUUUGUUCUUCUACCCUUUAGACUUUACCUUCGUCUGUCCUACGGAAAUUAUAGCAUUUAACGAUAGAGCAAAAGAAUUUAAAGCUCUCAAUACCGAGUUAGUAGCUGUCUCCACAGAUUCACAUUUCAGUCAUUUGGCAUGGGUUAACACUCCCAGAAAGCAAGGUGGACUGGGUGACAUGACAAUACCAUUAUUAUCCGAUUUUACUAAAAGUAUAGCAAGCGAUUAUGGAGUUCUUUUGGAAGAUUCUGGAAUAGCAUUGAGAGGACUGUUCGUCAUUGAUCCAAAGGGAAUUGUUCGACAGAUUAUUGUCAACGAUCUUCCUGUUGGAAGAUCCGUAGACGAAGUUCUGAGACUUGUCAAGGCGUUGCAGUUUGUGGAGAAGCAUGGAGAAGUUUGUCCCGCCAACUGGAAACCUGAUUCUCCUACUAUUAAGCCGGAUCCAGAAAAGUCAAAAGAAUAUUUCGAAAAAGUCAAUUAAUAAAUAUACUGACUAUUUAUAAUUAGCCUUAAAAGUUUUCUAUGGUAACAGUAAACAUGAUUAUAUAAGAGUGUAAAGAGCCCGAAUAUUAUAGAUACACGUCCUGUGUUACUGAUUGUUAUCCCUUGUAUAUUAUAAAUACUCGUUCUAUGUUAUCCCUGUAUUUGAGUUACGUAAGAAUUGAUAUCUUAAAUUUUAUGAGUAAGGUUAUAAAUCCUUUAGAAUUUUGUUUAUAAUUCAAUAAAGUUAUAUUUCAAACUGUUCUGUUUGAUAUUUAAUUA